ACGCAAAUAUUCUCAAGUUAGGCAAUCUCUGCGAUUUAUGGUGGGUUCAUUCACAAAUUGCCUCAAAAGGAUUUCGGAUAUGUUUUUAAUACUGUUCUUGCCUAAAGCUGUGUAAAGGGACAGGGAAGUUUUCGGAACACUUCUAAAUAGUUACAAUGGGUCAAUAGGACAAACUAUAAUUUAUGAAUGGAAAAAACAUGAGAUGAUUCAUUAUAUUUUAUAAAAAGUGAAAUCAAAAAAAUUUCAAGCGCCAUUUUAUUUGUGGUUGCGUUUUUAUUACUUCUUUAUAGUUCUAUGGAUAGUAAGUGAAAUCUCUUACAAGGAUAAAAAUUGCUAUCGAGUUUACUGACAGCCAGUUUUGUGUUGAUCAGAUAUCGGCAUCUUAUCUCCAACGAUGUUUCUAGUGAUGCUCCAAAGAAAAAUUUAAAGCGAAAGCAGGAUAUUAAAAAGAUAACUGGGCUCUAAGGUCACAUGAUGCGAAAGUAAAAUGAAAAGAAGAAAUAUUGUAUCAUAUUUUAGAAUAUAGUAUUUUAUAGUAUCAUAUACAGUUUGAGAAGUGCGAAUUCUGAUCCAAUGAAAAGUAAAAAGGAUCUGAUGUCCGAUCUCAUGCUUCCUAUACAUCCUCCCGAUCCUCAUCUUCCAUAAACUUCCAAGACCCUUCUUUGAUAUGAACUGGUUCUACUAUAUACUUUUGAUUCCAUUGUUUUCUCCCUUUUUUAUUGUUUUAUCCGGAGCUUGUUGGGGGACCACAGCACCAAACUAUGGUGAUACUACUCGAGAUUAUGAUCUUCUUGUUGGUUCAGAAUUAGAUCUUAAUUGUACUUUAAAUUCUGAAGAUUUAUCUGGCAUAUCUGGAAAAGUAAAUUCAUCCAAUUUGGUAUUUAAAAAAGAUAACCAAGAUUUGUUGAAGUUUACUCAUAUAAUUGAUUCACGGACAGCUCAGUUAAUCAUUCCCGCAGCACAGGAAAGUGAUUCUGGAAUCUAUCAUUGUACAUUGUCAGUACCUGAUAAAUCAACGAAUCCUCAUGUAUGCAGUACACAAGUCAGUGUUGGCUAUACUCCAAAAAAUGUGAGCAACUUUAAGUGUGUUAGUAAGAACUUUGAUAAUUUGACUUGCACUUGGGAUAUUGAGCCUAACAAAGUGAAGACAAAUUAUUCUUUGCAAAAGAAUUUGUUCUCAAUGGGAGCUUUUCAAAAUUGCCCCACAUUCAACAACACUUUUUGCCAGUGGCGAGAUGAUACAGAUCCUCCCUAUCAAACAAGCAACAGGAAUCUCACUUUCAUUGUGCAUGGAAAUAAUAGCCUAGGGAUAUCUGAAAAUGAAUUUAUGCUCGACCAUUUUGCAAUAGUUAUUCCAAAUAGUCCUGAAAAUUUGACAGCUUUAAAAAUUGGAAAAGAUUUCAUAAUUCUUCAAUGGCUUCCUCCAAAAAUGAAGCAUAUUAUUGAAAAACCUCCUCUUUUCUAUCAACUAUGGCUUGAAGAGCUUGGUCCUGAUCCUCGUGAUAGAGUUGUUAUCAAUAGUGGUUUAGAGAGGCUUACCUAUAUAGUAGAAGGGCUAGUUCCAUAUUAUUUUUAUAAUGUGUCGUUAAGAUGUCGAUCCGAAUAUACAUUUAAAGAAGAAAUGUGGAGUCCUAUAAUAUCUUUACAAAUCAAAACUUUACCAGAUGUACCCUCUAUUCUGCCUGAAGUGAAUCCGCUAGCCUAUGAAUUAUAUAAUUUUGAAGAUUAUCGCAACGCCACUCUAUAUUGGAAACCUGUACCUGAAAGAUAUUAUAGUGGAAUAGACUUUCACUAUCAUGUUGUGUAUUAUCCUUCUGCUCUGACUGAAAACAAGAAUUCUUUUUAUGCAAAAUCGAAACUGCCAGUAAUCACUAUUGGUCAUUUAAAUAAUGAUUCAGCUUACAUCUUUAAAAUUUACUCAGCUAACGAGGAAGGCUUAUCAACUGAUUACAAAGAAAUUUAUGUUGCUGAAAGAAACAAAAUUGCACCUUCUCCUUAUGACAUCAGAGCUAUUUCAAAUGAGCUGGGCUAUUAUAAUUUGACCUGGUCAAUGGCUGGAAGCAUUUAUGACUAUACUUUCACUGUAUUUUGGUGCUCCAAUGCAAAACGUGGCAAUUCACGUUGUGAUGGUCCAAUCAAGUGGUCCAAUACUAAUCUGAAGGAGAACAGUUUCAUCUUGAAUGUUACUGAUGUGCAUAUCAACUUCCAAUUUGCAGUGGUAGCAGCUAUGGGAAAUGAAAGCUCUGGAAUGCAGUGGGCUUCAUGUAUUGUACCGCAAAAAGCUCCUCUAGGCAAAAUUCCAAUUAAACACAUAGAACAAAAAGACGCUUCAACUUUAAAAAUAAUUUGGAGUCUUGACUGUGAAGCUAUGAAGUCUGUUAUUGACAGAUAUGAAAUUACUUUUUGUAAGCUAGGAAUGAAUGGAAAUUGUAAAGUUGCUAAAGCUGAACCUGAUGAUGAAAGCUACAUUCUUCAGGAUCUGCACCCCUUCUCAAAUUAUAGUGUGAAACUAAGAGCAUUCAAUAAAGAGAAUAUACCAAGUGAGGACAUGGCAGAAAGUUUUCAAAAUACACUACCUGGAGCACCAUCUGAUGCUCCUCGCAAUAUUCAGGUUCUCGACAAAAGUGGAACUACAAUCAGAGUGAGAUGGCAACCACCAUUAGAACCAAAUGGAAUCAUUACUCACUAUUAUCUUUAUCGCAAUGGGAUGGAGAAAUACAUAUCAGCUAAAUCCUUAGAGAACUUGUCUUAUGAUAUUGAAGGCUUAUCCUUUUUUACAAAAUACAAUAUUUCCAUGGCUGCCUGUGUUUCUAAUUAUUGCUCUCCUAAGUCUCUACCUUUUAUAGCUGUGACAGAUGUUGGUGAACCUGGUCUAGUGGAUCCACCACGUGUCGAAAUGAUCAAUUCUACAAAUCUGAAAGUAUCUUGGGCAGCUCCUUUGAAUCCAAAUGGACCGAUAGAUUUUUACGUUGUUAAAUGGCAAAUGAAUGGAGAUAAUAAAACAAAUUAUCAACAAUUUCAGAGUCUUUCAGCUGUUAUAGAAACUGAUUGUUCAACAGUAAUGGAUGGUGGAGUUAAAUAUUUGUUUUAUGUCCAAGCUGUUAAUAUCAAGAAUGGCAAAAAUUUGGAAAGUCCAUUCUCAGAAGCUACUCAAGCUACUGCUUGUAUUAUGUCACAAGGUCUGGCUCUAGUAAUAGGAGUGGCUGUUGGUGGAACUCUAGCCUUAGCUCUAUUUAUGUUUGUUUUUUACAAGUUAGUCAAAUGGAUGCAUGAUAAAAUUCAUCAAAUGAAAAAUAUUGCUGUUAGAUUGCCAAAAGAACUUGAAGGUCCCGAACUUAAUCCUCUGAGUAAUUAUGAAAGUUUCAAAAAUGGUCUUGCUCAAAAGAACCCAAACACUAAAAUUGAUCGAUUAUCAUAUGUAUUUGAAGAGGGUGAAAAUAAAAAUCGACAUGGAUCUGGGAGCUCUCAGUUCAGUAACUCAUCAGCUGAUGAGUUGGUUUUCAAAAAUGGGAGGUGUACGAAAUUUGGCAGGAAACCAAGUGGUGAUAGCAGUGGUUGCAGCAGUAUGUCUUCAAAUACUACUACUAGAAUACAACUUUCAUCAGAUUCAGGUGCAGAAUCAGAUAUUCCUAUUCCAGCUUCUCCUGAUUCACUUUUAAUGGAGCACAGUGCUCAUAAUUUUCAAAAACCUCCAUUGCCUAUUUUGAUUGAGCAAGAAUCUUUAGAUUUAAACUCUGAAUUACAAAGGAAACCCUUUUCAUUCCCUCAAUCAAGCAGACACAAUUUCAUUUCCCUCAGAGAAGAGCAUCCUUACAGUAAAUUCGGUAUUUCUGGCGUAUCGUCAACCGUUCCGUGGCGAAGCAAUUCUUUUGCGUUUUACAGCUGCAAUCUUGCAAAUAGUGAACCAUCUGUAUUUGAAUCUCAGAAGUUUGAAAAUGGACCUGCAGUUGCUCCCUAUUCUAAGGUUGGUCUUGCUAAAAGUAGUGGUGAUAUUUUGGGGAAUACAUUCUCAAGCAAAGGCUAUUCAAAAUUUGGUUUUGCACCUCCGAAAAAUUACUACGCCACGGGUAUGGUGAACUUUGAUAAUACGGUCAGUAUGGCAAUGGUUGAUCAUCCAUUUGGCAAAGGAAUGUCAAAAAAUAAAAAGCUUACAAGGAAUUCAUCGAAAGAUGCUUACUUGCCCAAUUUUUAUUUUAAAACUGUUGAAAAAGUAGUUGCUGCUGAUAUGGAGCAACCAAAGCAGCCCUCUGGUUAUGUAUCUAUUGGAGACAUGAGGAGCGCAAAUGAUUCGAAUUCAGUGAAUCAAUGUUCGGAUGUUUCUGCCGAUGUAGAGGAAUUCAUUGACUCUAUGCCAUUUCAAAGUGAUGAAAAUCAUUUGUCGUGGAUCAUGAAAGACAUGAAGAUUGAUGAAAAAUCUCCUUACCUCACUGAUGCUCAUGAUGAGCAUCUAAUAGACCUUCAUAACUCAUCCAUUUUUAACAAUCUUUCAAAUUCUACUAAUGCGAGUAUUAAUAAAUCACCUUCUGUCAGUGUUCUCUCCGAUGCAUGUGAGAGAAAUUUUCAAAAUGAUUGCACAAACUCUCUGCCUGAUCACAAAACUUCAUUUCAGUCGAGUCAGUUCAAUGACAGCAGAGAAUCAGAAUCAUCCAAUUCAUCUGGUUGCAGUGAAAUUUUAUUAACUCCAGUCCUCAACAGAAAUGGUUACGUGCCAUUUUCUAAUUUUUCUUCAUUAGAACGAACGCAAACGUGUGUGCCAAACAGUGUAGAUUCGAAUGUGUCGUUAUCUGUUUUUCCAAGUGAUGUUUGUACAGAAUUCGACCAAAACUAUAUCACGCCUUCAAAUAAAAGUGAUUUGAAAAUGUUACAAGAAGUUCUUGUUCCGAAAAAUAAUCCCUCGCCGAAGGUAGUUCCUUUAAGGAACAAAGAUACAUUCUCUGGUGGCAAAAUAUAUACCCUAAAUGGUAAUAAUAUCUCUAAAAUUAGUGGACCCUUAAAAUAUUUAUUGAAGCCCUUGCCUAAAAUGGAAUCAGAGAUAUGUGAAGUAUAGUUUCAUAAAACUCAUAGUGCUGUUAAUUUGAAAGCUCAGUGGAAAAAACAUGUUACAGGCCAUUUUAUUAAAGUUAGAAAAUGAUCUGUGUAGUUAGCUAUUUAAAAAAUAUUGAUAUUUUUUUAAAAUUUAAAACCACUUCAUUAAACUCUAGAUAACUUUUAUAUUCAUGAAAUAGACUCUUGGAUUUUGCAAGUUCUGAACAUAACUGCAGUGGCAGGUCGUGUGGGGUGAAAAACACAAUGGCUCCAGCCAAAAAGGGCAUUCAAUCGACAGCUGAUGACACUAAGACUUUAAAUCUGUUCGAAUUAUUUAAACUGUAAAAUUAAUAUUUUAUUUCGAUAAAUAGUUUAAGCAAAAUAUUUUAAGAAAAAACAAAUUUGACUUUCCAAGAAAUUUAAUAAUGAAGUUUUAGGUUAUUAAAAUGUAAAUAUUUUUUACUACUAAUUUUUGUUACGUAUUGAAAUAAUGAAUUUUUCACCAUAGAAUAAAUUCUGCAUGCAUCUGUAUCAAAAUGAUUUUAAAGUAUGGAUUCAAUUUUUUAUAAAUAUAUGUCGUUGUUUUAAUUAAGUUGGCUUUUUUAACUCUUUUAACUGAUUAAGAUAACAUUAUUACACUACUCUUUUCUGAGGCAUCUUAUCGCUGAGUUUGCAGCAAGCAUUCUUACACCUCUGCACUCUACUUAGUUACUGUAACACUUUAAACUCUUAGAUUGACCCCAUUAAAUUUUAUCAUUUAUUUAUAUUUUAAUAAAAAUUUAAGAAUAUUUACUUUAAGAUAUGUUAAUUUGCUUAACAUAAAUAAGGGGAAUAUAGUAUUAAAAUAUGUUUCCUAAUAUAUGUUACUAUAACCUGGUUUUUAUUAUCUUUUAAUGUUCCUAAAAUGACCUUUAACAUGUUCUUUCAUUUAGCUCAUCAAAUGAUUAAUUGUUUGUCACUCAUGUUUAAAUGUUAACAGAUAUUUAAACUUGAAAGAUUUAACUUGUUUGUUCUAAAGUUGGUGAUUUUAUCAGUUUAAAUUUUUGAUUUUAAAAACAUAAUAAGGUUAUUAUAAAACAAAAAGAACAAAAUCUGUCCAAUUAUGAUUAUUUAUUUAUUGACAAAUACUUUUAACCUAUAAAUUUAUCAUGCUUACAAUUAUCAGUAAUUUUUCUACUAUAAAAAUGUUAUUACAUGCAAGUAUAUCUGUAAUUUGCAUCCUUCUGCUACUAUGGCUAAAUAUUUCUAGAUUAUUUAAUGCUGCAAGCAUUUUACUUAGCUAAAAUUACCUUAUUUUGUUAAAUUUACCUUUAUAAAAUAAUUUUUAUGUACUUAAGCUAGUCAACUAUUGGUUUUAAAUUUGCAAAGAAAAUUUAAAAUUUAUCAAAGAGGUUUUAUAAAUAUUAGAAUACAUGGUACAGUUUAUAAUCUCUUUGCAAAAUCUGUUAAAAAAAUUAAUAUCAAAUAAUGUGAAUUUUUCCUUAGUGGGAAAAAUGGAAAGGGCUACAAAUGUACAAUCCAUAUUUGUUUCUUAUCCUGCAUUCCUUUUCACACUAAUACAGCCUGACUUAAGAAUCUUCAAAGGAAUAGAAAAAAAAAACUCCUAAUUAAUUUUUUAUAAAUACAUCAAAGGCACUUAUUUUUUAUCAGAUUUAUUCAAAAUUGUUUCUGUAAUUUUAGAAGUUUUUCUUUUAAGAAGUGAAAACUAGCAUAUAUAUAUCGAUGUUAUUCGGCAAAAAUAGGUUUGAAACUUUAUUUAUUCUGAUGCUAUAUUUUUAAUACAAAAAUUUAUUUUUAAUGCUUAUUAAUUAUAUAAACUUAUUAUUAAUAAUAUUAAACAGCUGAAUUACUUUAAUAUAUAUAGAUUAAGAAAGGAAAUUUUUUAUGGAACAACAUAUUUUUUUGAUAAGAGUUAAAAAACAAUACAUAUUUUUCUAAACUUUACCUUCAUAUGGUGCUUGCAAACUUUGGUGUUUUAAAAAAAAAUAUGAAGAAAAUAAAUUCGUUAUUUAGAUAAAUUACCAAAAUGAACUCCAAAAGGUAUUGAUAAUAUUGCAACAAUCAAUUUUUCUGUUACUCUAAUUUAUACUUUUUUAUACAGAUGUUAAAAAAAUUUUAUGUUUAGCUAUCAAAACUCUAUAACUUUUGUGUGAGGCUUUAUCUUUUAUCUACAUCUUACAGACUCCAAAUAAAUUUUUUUGUGUCUGUUUUAUCAUAACAUGGACACUGUAAUGGAACACUAAGAAAUAUUCAAAUAUCUGUUCUAAAUGUAAAGUGUAAGGUGAAAAAGUAUGCUAUCAAUUCCAACUGUUGAAGUUCCUUUAAAUAUAAAACUGUUAGGCUUGUACUCAGAAUCGAAAAAAGUACAUGGAUGAGGAAGGUACCAGGUUUGUCAAAAAUAAGAAAAUUUGAAAAACCAGUUUAAGAAAAAGAGAUGGAAUUGUAAGGCUUAUCGCUUUCUACUUAGAAAACAAGAUAUUUUAUUGUCACCAAGUUUCACGAUUUGUUAUGAAAUUCAUCAACAGAUGGCACUGCUGAGAAAAACUAUAAAUUUUCCAAUUUUUUAAUCAAGACAUUUUCAGACCUGGUAUGUUAUAAUAAGAAAAUUCUUAAAAUUUUAAAGUUCUCCUGACCUUUACUUACAUGGAGUUAUGUUAUGAUAACCUCAUGAAGUUAUCUUUGUUACUCAAGCUUCUACAGUUAUGUGCCAGUGUUUGAUGUUACAGUGAUGUCAGUGUUUUAAAACCAUAAAUUUUUUAUGUAAGGUGAUAACUCAAAUAUUUGAAAAAUGUAACCUCCUUCAUCCACUAUCUAUUUAAUUACUAUCAAUUACAUUCUGCUUAUGUGUAUAUGUACUACUAAGCUAGUAAAUUGAUUUCAAAGAAGUGUAAUUUUUUAUUAUCAUUAAAGAUCAUUUAACUUUUUGGCAUUCAAAUGUAGUUUAGCAAGUGAUUAAAACUAUGGAUGCCUAAACACAUCAGUGAUUAUUAUUAUAUUUCUUUAAACUGCUAUACUUUUCAAUUUUAGUAUUACACAAUGCAUACAUUGUUAAUACCUGUGAGAAUUAUUUUAUUAUAACUACAUUAUCUUAUGUUUGCAAGUUCAAAAAAUUUAAAAACCAUUCCACUUUUAUUUUAUUUAUUUGCAUUUCAAAGUUUUAUCUGAAAAGUAUAUUACCUGUUGAAUUGUUUACGAGUGCAAUGUGCAAAGUAUAUAUAUUUGUUGAAAUUUUAUUCUGACAUUUAAAUUGGAGUUACGAAGGUUUAUAGACGUUUUAAGAAAAAUUUCUAGUACAAAAUUAGUAAAUACUCAUUGAAUAUUUAUUCAUUCAUAAGUUUAAAUAUUCAAGUUUAUUCAUUGUGUAAAAAGAAGGGAUUUCAUUUGUAUAAUUUACUAUUCAUUUUGUGCCAUGACUUUUGUGUCAAUUGUUUUGUAAAUAAAAUGUGAUUUUUUUUUUGUUC